AUGGCCGUGAUACAGAAGAAGGAACAGAGAGAGACCCCCAGCAAGAAGACAGCACCCCAAGAAGACAGAAAGGGUGUUUCUACCAGAGAUACUCAAGACAACCAGAAAAAGGACAGCAGAGCCGGGAGACAGGGAGGUGAGUACUGUAGCGUUGAUAUGGUUGUUUCUUACUGCAGGGGUUACAGGGUGGUGGGUAGCUGUAGCUUUGCUAUGGUGAGGAUGAUAGCUUUGCUGUUGGGGUGUUCACUGUGUUUAUAGAAUGACAUGGAGGUCAUUGACGUGAGGUUGGUAUCGUAGCUUUGCCGUGCUGUUUACUGUGUUUAUAUACAGGGCAGGCUGUCUAAAGCAGAAUCAGACAGAAUCAGCCUCUCCCUUCUAGUUCAUCAUCAGUGAGGAUAUGUUCCAUCAUGUAUCUAGUAAAAGCAUGAGCUGGCGCACACCCAGAGAACAUUAUUUAGUGUAGAGGUGCUGACCAACGGAGAAUAAACUGUAAAAACAAAUGAAGAGAGUUGCACACUCUAUCUAUAUCUCCCAGUAAUUGAUUGGGUAAACUAGGUGGUUUCUCAUCCAAUAAAUGACUGGGAGUUUAUACAUAGAGUGUGCGACUCUCUUUAUUUGUUUAUAUAACCAUCAUGUAUCUAGGCCACGUAAUAAAGUUAUCUUACCUUAGAUUUAUUCCGUAGAAUGUCUGCCUGACAUGUACCAAUGGAUCAGAUGAUCUGAUAUUGCCUCAUAUCUGUAGAUAGACUUUCAUCAUAUUCUCUACUGCCAUUUUGUUUUGUAAACAGUGAGGUAAUGAAGUAGCUUAUUGAAUCACACUCUUUCUCUGCUGUGGUAAACAUCAACACGCAUCAUAAGACUGAAGCCCAUUAUUAUAAUAUCCAUUAUUAAAACAUCCAUUAUUAUAACAUCCAUUAUUAUAACAUCCAUUAUUAUAACAUUGAGUGUCAGGGAAGAUCAUUUUCGUGUGUCUGUCUCAAGCAAAAGAAAUAUACUUUCUUAUGUACGUCUCUUGCACCAACAUGUUGAGGCUUAUCACCGGUCUGUUAUCUUAUCAACAUGUUGAGACUUAUCACUGGUCUGUUAUCUUAUCAACAUGUUGAGACUUAUCACUGGUCUGUUAUCUUAUCAACAUGUUGACUAUCACUGUUCUGUUAUCUUAUCAAUGUGGACUUAUCACUGUUUAUCUUAUCAACAUGUUGAGACUUAUCACUGGUCUGUUAUCUUAUCAACAUGUUGAGACUUAUCACUGGUCUGCUAUCUUAUCAACAUGUUGAGACUUAUCACUGGUCUGUUAUCUUAUCAACAUGUUGAGACUUAUCACCGGUCUGUUAUCUUAUCAACAUGUUGAGACUUAUCACUGGUCUGUUAUCUUAUCAACAUGUUGAGACUUAUCACUGGUCUGUUAUCUUAUCAACAUGUUGAGACUUAUCACUGGUCUGUUAUCUUAUCAACAUGUUGAUACUUAUCACUGGUCUGUUAUCUUAUCAACAUGUUGAGACUUAUCACUGGUCUGUUAUCUUAUCAACAUGUUGAUACUUAUCACUGGUCUGUUAUCUUAUCAACAUGUUGAGACUUAUCACUGGUCUGUUAUCUUAUCAACAUGUUGAGACUUAUCACUGGUCUGUUAUCUUAUCAACAUGUUGAGACUUAUUACUGGUCUGUUAUCUUAUCAACAUGUUGAGACUUAUCACUGGUCUGUUAUCUUAUCAACAUGUUGAGACUUAUAACUGGUCUGUUAUCUUAUCAACAUGUUGAGACUUAUCACCGGUCUGUUAUCUUAUCAACAUGUUGAGACUUAUCACUGGUCUGUUAUCUUAUCAACAUGUUGAGACUUAUCACUGGUCUGUUAUCUUAUCAACAUGUUGAGACUUAUCACUGGUCUGUUAUCUUAUCAACAUGUUGAGACUUAUCACUGGUCUGUUAUCUUAUCAACAUGUUGAUAAGGCUAGAGGCUGUCAUGGCUUAAGGCCUGUAUCAAGUACAACCAGUAGAUUUUCUAGAAACUGGAACGAUAUGACCUAUCUGAUUCUAAGACAUAUUUGUCUAAGGUUGUGUCUCAGAUUUUGCCAGCAGGUAUAAACCAUAAUGAUGCUGUUAUAAUGUAAAACCUGUCAUGAACUGUAAGUCCACCUUAUAAUGUCUUAUAACAUCUCACAAUGAUCCUGACUAAAUAAGAGUCAUUUUUUGUCAGCUGAAUGUCAGAGAGACCUGAACAUGAUGUUCUCUUUAAUUCUUUCUUUCAUACCAGAAAAAGGCAAUGAAGACAUAAAGCCCAAUAAUUCAGAGAAGAGAAGAGCAGUCAUCUGUGUCCCUGCCUCCAUCAAAUCAGCUGUGAUCAGUAACAACACAACCAGUCCUGGAAACCCAGCAGGUCUUACACCAGUGCUCUCCCUCUCCCUCUCCCUCUCUAUCUCUACACUGAGAAAAAAAGUAUUCCAUAGGGGUUCUUCGGCUGUCUCCAUAGGACAAACAUUUUUGGUUCCAGGUAGAACGCUUUUUGGUUCCAGGUAGAACGCUUUUGGGUUCCAUGUAGAACCCUCUGUGGAAAGGGUUCUAGAUGGAACCCAAAAGGGUUCUACCUGGAACCAUAAAAGGUUAUUCAAAGGGUUCUCCUAUGGGGCCAGCCAAAGAACCCUUUCAGUUUCUAGAUAGCACCUUUUUUUUCUAAGUGUAUCUCUAUCUGUCUCUCUCUCUCUCUGUGCCUGGGGUACUGUUUGUUCUUUGUGGGUCAGUCAUCAUGAGUUCUCUUCCUCUGAGGUUCACCACUGUUAUCAAAACAUGAAUUUCAUGCUUUAUUAUCAUGGAACAGUUUGAGUAUAAGCUGUCAUUGUGCCUUCAUACAAACCUUUCCAAUGUUAUUUAUUGUCUUAACUCUUUAUUGAAACUUAAAAAAUGUCCCCCAAUUGUUAACCUAAUGUUAUUCUGGCCAGACUGAAUGAAAUUGAGUUUAUGGAGCAGCUAGCUACAGUCAACCCAUCUUAAAUCCCCUGUCAUCAUCACUGAUGUUGAUCACUGAUGUCACCAACCCAUACUGUAUGUACCGUGACGUAGAGUGAAUGGUCACAUCUUUUCUAAUAUUCCAGGGCCACAGGCGCUGAAGGUUGAUGAGAGGCUGAGACUAGCGAAGGAGCGGAGGGAGGAGCAGGAGAAUCAGCUUGGUAUGUGUAGCCACACAUGAUGACCCUACAUCUAAUACACCUAUGAGACCACUCAAAUGUCAGUCACUUAUUUUAGUAAUUCCUCUGAAGUAUUUUGGUAGCCUGGUCCCAGAUCUAUUUGUGCUUUCUUCUUGCCAGCUCCCAUGGUCACUGUCAUGCCAAAUUAGUUUAUUAGGAGUUAUCUAUACUGCACAAAGAUCUGGUACCAGGGUAGAAUUUUGGUGGCUACUAAGUCCCACAAUGUGUUUGCAGUGUCCAGAGAGCUGAGCUGGUUGGCUCGGGAGGAGCGGGCCAGGCGUCUCUAUGAGCAGCGGCUGGAGGAGAGGAAGAGGAGGCUGCAGGAGCAGAGAGAGAAGGAGGAGAAGCGAAGGACAGCUCUUGAGCGGAGGGAGGAGCUUAAAAAACAGCUUAGUAUGUAGCCACCACCCAUGAUGAUGGUGGUUCUCAACCUGAGGUACUAGUCCCCCCAGGCGGUACCUGGCCUAUACCCAGGGGGUACCUGGCCUAUACCCAGGGGGUACCUGGCCUGUACGCAGGGGGUACCUGGCCUAUACCCAGGGGGUACCUGGCCUGUACCCAGGGGGUACCUGGCCUGUACCCUGGGGGUACCUGGCCCGUACCCAGGGGGUACCUGGCCUUCUGGGUACCUGGCCUAUACCCAGGGGGUACCUGGCCCGUACCCAGGGGGUACCUGGCCUAUACCCAGGGGGUACCUGGCCUAUACCCAGGGGGUACCUGGCCUGUACCCAGGGGGUACCUGGCCUGUACCCAGGGGGUACCUGGCCUAUACCCAGGGGGUACCUGGCCUGUACCCAGGGGGUAACUGGCCUAUACCCAGGGGGUAACUGGCCUAUACCCAGGGGGUACCUGGCCUGUACCCAGGGGGUAACUGGCCUAUACCCAGGGGGUACCUGGCCUGUACCCAGGGGGUAAUUGGGAAGACUCAUAAGAACAUAGGCACAAUGAACAGCUAAAUGUGAUUUAGGGCUCUGUAACCAAAGGAGGUUGAGAACCACGGACCUAUGAUUUAGUUAAAUAAAUAAACCAAACUAAACUCCACUUAAUGUGUAUGUAGUUUCCAGAGAGCUGGGCCGGUUGGCUCGAGAGGAGCGGGCCAGGCGUCUCUAUGAGCAGCAGCUGGAGGAGAGGAAGAGGAGGCUGCAGGAGCAGAGAGAGAAAGAGGAGAAGAGGCGCACUGCCGUGGAGGAGAAAAGGAGGCAGAGGAUGAAGGAGGAGACAGUGAGUUCUUGUGCCUGAGGGGUCAGAUGGAACAGUAGUUGCUUCUGAUUAGGUGUCUAUUGUGGGCAUCAGUGUUGCUUUACAGCUUUUUACAAAUAAGCAGUUUUUCCACAGAAAAUAAAAUGUACUAGUGUAAGUUGAGGGUCUGAGUACAGGUGGAUGGAUGACCUUCUGUAGGAGCAAGGACUGGAUGGAGACGGAUAACUAUUUAGCAGCUUUAAUGGUCAAACCACAUUGAACAUCACCAGCCACCGGAACUAGAACUGUCUGUCACUUCCUGUAUCAAUAAAGCUUAACCCCACACAAUUAAAGAAUUGGCCAAUAGGAAAACAGAUAAUUCGUUACCAGGUAAAGAAAUAGGUAAACACAGUUAUUUCCUGUAACACAGAUUCACCACAAAUCAGCAAUGUCUAUAACUGCCAUAUAAAUGAAAUUAUUACUCAGGAAAUAAUCCUACACUAGUAAUUCCAGAAAACAGAUACUGUUUUCCACAUUUUGUGUACAUAUUUGAAGCUAAACGGUUUUAAGGCUCAAUACGAUGUUAUGGAUCUUGGACCAAGUUACUGUAUCACUAGUCUUGCUUGCCAAACUCAUACAGUGGAUGUGAGAAGAGACUACUGCAUCUCUGACACUGAGGCUUGUUGUUGUCUGAAGGAGCGCUAUGAGUCUGUGGUGAAGAAGACCUUGGAGAAGAGCCAGAGGGCCAAACAGAGACUGAGCCAGGGCUCUCGAGGAAGGAAGACCGACAACAAAAGCGGUAAAUCAAUUAAGGCUGUGUCUCAAAUGGCUCCCUAUUUCCCAGCUCAUUCUUUUAACCUUCACUUUCUUAACUUUCCUCCUAUUUCCUACCCUUUCUUACCUGUAUUUUCUAUCUCUCUUGUAUUUUUCUAUAUCUCUUGUAUUUUCUAUCUUUGUCCUGUAUUUUAUAUCUCUAUUGUAUUUUAUAUCUCUCUUCUAUUUUAUAUCUCUGUCUGGUAUUUUAUAUCUCUCUUGUAUUUUCUCUCUCUGGUCGUGUAUUUAUAUCUCUCUUGUAUUUUAUAUCUCUGUCUUGUAUUUUAUAUCUCUGUCUUGUAUUUUCUAUUUCUCUUGUAUUUUCUCUCUGUCUUGUAUUUUAUAUCUCUGUCUUGUAUUUUAUAUCUCUCUUGUAUUUUAUAUCUCUGUCUUGUAUUUUAUAUCUCUGUCUUGUAUUUUAUAUCUCUCUUGUAUUUAAUAUCUCUGUCUUGUAUUUUAUAUCUCUGUCUUGUAUUUUAUAUCUCUCUUGUAUUUGAUAUCGCUGUCUUGCAUUUUCUAUCACUGUCUUAUAUUUUAUAUCUCUCUUGUAUUUUAUAUCUCUGUCUUGUAUUUUAUAUCUCUCUUGUAUUUAAUAUCUCUGUCUUGAAUUGUAUAUCUCUCUUGUAUUUUAUAUCUCUGUCGUAUUUUAUAUCUCUGUCAGUGAGGGAAAAAAGUAUUUGAUCCCCUGCUGAUUUUGUAUGUUUGCCCACUGACAAAGAAAUGAUCAGUCUAUAAUUGUAAUGGUAGGUUUAUUUGAACAGUGAGAGACAGAAUAACAACAAAAAAAUUGAUUUUCAUUUUAAUGAGGGAAAUAAGUAUUUGACCCCCUCUCAAUCAGAAAGAUGCAUGGUUCCCAGGUGUCUUUUAUACAGGUAACGAGCUGAGAUUAGGAGCACACUCUUAAAGGGAGUGCUCCUAAUUUCAGCUUGUUACCUGUAUAAAAGACACCUGUCUACAGAAGCAAUCAAUCAAUCAGAUUCCAAACUCUCCACCAUGGCCAAGACCAAAGAGCUCUCCAAGGAUGUCAGGGACAAGAUUGUAGACCUACACAAGGCUGGAAUGGGCUACAAAACCAUCGGCAAGUAGCUUGGUGAGAAGGUGACAACAGUUGGUGCGAUUAUUCGCAAAUGGAAGAAACACAAAAGAACUGUCAAUCUCCCUCGGCCUGGGGCUCCAUGCAAGAUCUCACCUCAUGGAGUUGCAAUGAUCAUGAGAACGGUGAGGAAUCAGCCCAGAACUACACGGGAGGAUCUUGUCAAUGAUCUCAAGGCAGCUGGGACCAUAGUCACCAAGAAAACAAUUGGUAACACACUACGCCGUGAAGGACUGAAAUCCUGCAGCGCCCGCAAGGUCCCCCUGCUCAAGAAAGCACAUAUACAGUCCCGUCUGAAGUUUGCCAAUGAACAUCUGAAUGAUUCAGAGGAGAACUGGGUGAAAGUGUUGUGGUCAGAUGAGACCAAAACCGAGCUCUUUGGCAUCAACUCAACUCGCCGUGUUUGGAGGAGGAGGAAUGCUGCCUAUGACCCCAAGAACACCAUCCCCACCGUCAAACAUGGAGGUGGAAACAUUAUGCUUUGGGGGUGUUUUUCUGCUAAGGGGACAGGACAACUUCACUGCAUCAAAGGGACGAUGGACAGGGCCAUGUACCGUCAAAUCUUGGGUGAGAACCUCCUUCCCUCAGCCAGGGUAUUGAAAAUGGGUCGUGGAUGGGUAUUCCAGCAUGACAAUGACCCAAAACACACAGCCAAGGCAACAAAGGAAUGGCUCUAGAAGAAGCACAUUAAGGUCCUGGAGUGGCCUAGCCAGUCUCCAGACCUUAAUCCCAUAGAAAAUCUGUGGAGGGAGCUGAAGGUUCGAGUUGCCAAACGUCAGCCUCGAAACCUUAAUGACUUGGAGAAGAUCUGCAAAGAAGAGUGGAACAAAAUCCCUACUGAGAUGUGUGCAAACCUGGUGGCCAACUACAAGAAACGUCUGACAUCUGUGAUUGCCAACAAGGGUUUUGCCACCAAGUACUAAGUCAUGUUUUGCAGAGGGGUCAAAUACUUAUUUCCCUCAUUAAAAUGCAAAUCAAUUUAUAACAUUUUUGACAUGCGUUUUUCUGAAUUUUGUUGUUGUUAUUCUGUCUCUCACUGUUCAAAUAAACCUACCAUUAAAAUUAUAGACUGAUCAUGUCUUUGUCAGUGGGCAAACAUACAAAAUCAGCAGGGGAUCAAAUACUUUUUCCCCCUCACUGUAUAUCUCUCUUGUAUUUUAUAUCUCUGUCUUGUAUUUUCUCUCUGUCUUGUAUUUUCUCUCUCUGUCUUGUAUUUUCUAUCUCUGUCUUGUAUUUUCUCUCUCUGUCUUGUAUUUUCUCUCUCUGUCUUGUAUUUUCUCUCUCUGUCUUGUAUUUUCUAUCUCUCUUGUAUUUUCUAUCUCUCUCUUGUAUUUUAUAUCUCUGUCUUGUAUUUUCUCUCUCUGUCUUGUAUUUUAUAUCUCUGUCUUGUAUUUUCUAUCUCUCUUGUAUUUUAUAUCUCUGUCUUGUAUUUUAUAUCUCUGUCUUGUAUUUUCUCUCUCUGUCUUGUAUUUUAUAUCUCUCUUGUAUUUUCUAUCUCUGUCUUGUAUUUUAUUUCUCUGUCUUGUAUUUUAUAUCUCUGUCUUGUAUUUUAUACCUCUCUUGUAUUUUCUAUAUUUUCUCUGUCCCUGUGUAUUGUCUUUUCUCUACUAUGCUUGGCUCUGCUGUAGCUCCUCGCCACUCCCCCCUGACUGCCUGGGAGAGGGCUCUGGUCUGCCGCCUCCUCACCCCAACAUGCUCCUACCUAGCCAGGAGCAGGAGUCAUAGUUGUCAGUCAAGAGAAGAGGAAGGUACUCUCCAAAGGCCUGUAGAGUAACAGUUAUACACUGAUUGUACAAAACAUUAGGAACACCUGCUCUUUCCAUGACAUGGACUGACCAGGUGAAUCCAGGUGAAAGCUAUGAUCCCUUAUUGAUGCCACAUGUUAAAUCCACUUCAAUCAGUGUAGAUGAAGGGGAGGAGACAGGUUAAAGAAGGAUUUUUAAACCUUAAGACAAUUGAGACAUGGAUUGUGUAUGUGCCAUUCAGAGGGUGAAUGGGCAAGACAAAAUAUUUAAGUACCUUUGAACGGGGAAUGAUAGUAGGUGACAGGCGCACUGGUUUGAGUCAAGAACUGAACACUGCUGGGUUUUUCACGCUCAACAGUUUGUCCACCAACAGUUUGUCCACCACCCAAAGGACAUCCAGCCAACUUGGAGUCAACAUGGGCCAGCAUCCCUGUGGAACGCUUUCGACACCUUGUAGAGUCAAUGCCCCCGACGAAUUGAGGCUUUUCUGAGGGCAAAAGGGGGGGUGCAACCUCAAUAUUAGGAAGGUGUUCCUAAUGUUUGGUAUACCCAGUGUAUAUAGACAUUUAUAAAGACCAGAUCUCAAUCCAAGAAAAAGGACAUAGCAUCAAUAAAGUGUAUUUGGUUAAAUUAAUUGAUUUUAGGGGCAUUGACGUUCCAAUAUGGAUUUGGACAAUGCUUACUUACAGUGGGGAAAAUAAGUAUUUAGUCAGCCACCAAUUGUGCAAGUUCUCCCACUUAAGAAGAUGAGAGAGGCCUGUAAUUUUCAUCAUAGGUACAUGUCAACUAUGACAGACAAAAUGAGAAUUUUUUUUCCAGAAAAUCACAUUGUAGGAUUUCUAAUGAAUGUAUUAGCAAAUUAUGGUGGAAAAUAAGUAUUUGGUCAAUAACAAAAGUUUCUCAAUACUUUGUUAUAUACCCUUUGUUGGCAAUGACACAGGUCAAACGUUUUCUGUAAGUCUUCACAAGGUUUUCACACACUGUUGCUGGUAUUUUGGCCCAUUCCUCCAUGCAGAUCUCUAGAGCAGUGAUGUUUUGGGGCUGUCGCUGGGCAACACGGACUUUCAACUCCCUCCAAAGAUUUUCUAUGGGGUUGAGAUCUGGAGACUGGCUAGGCCACUCCAGGACCUUGAAAUGCUUCUUACGAAGCCACUCCUUCGUUGCCCGGGCGGUGUGUUUGGGAUCAUUGUCAUGCUGAAAGACCCAGCCACGUUUCAUCUUCAAUGCCCUUGCUGAUGGAAGGAGGUUUUCACUCAAAAUCUCACGAUACAUGACCCCAUUCAUUCUUUCCUUUACACGGAUCAGUCGUCCUGGUUCCUUUGCAGAAAAACAGCCCCAAAGCAUGAUGUUUCCACCCCCAUGCUUCACAGUAGGUAUGUUGUUCUUUGGAUGCAACUCAGCAUUCUUUGUCCUCCAAACACGACGAGUUGAGUUUUUACCAAAAAGUUAUAUUUUGGUUUCAUCUGACCAUAUGACAUUCUCCCAAUCCUCUUCUGGAUCAUCCAAAUGCACUCUAGCAAACUUCAGACGGGCCUGGACAUGUACUGGCUUAAGCAGGGGGACACGUCUGGCACUGCAGGAUUAGAGUCCCUGGCGGCGUAGUGUGUUACUGAUGGUAGGCUUUGUUACUUUGGUCCCAGCUCUCUGCAGGUCAUUCACUAGGUCCCCCCGUGUGGUACUGGGAUUUUUGCUCACCGUUCUUGUGAUCAUUUUGACCCCACGGGGUGAGAUCUUGCGUGGAGCCCCAGAUCGAGGGAGAUUAUCAGUGGUCUUGUAUGUCUUCCAUUUCCUAAUAAUUGCUCCCACAGUUGAUUUCUUCAAACCAAGCUGCUUACCUAUUGCAGAUUCAGUCUUCCCAGCCUGGUGCAGGUCUACAAUUUUGUUUCUGGUGUCCUUUGACAGCUCUUUGGUCUUGGCCAUAGUGGAGUUUGGAGUGUGACUGUUUGAGGUUGUGGACAGGUAUCUUUUAUACUGAUAACAAGUUCAAACAGGUGCCAUUAAUACAGGUAACGAGUGGAGGACAGAGGAGCCUCUUAAAGAAGAAGUUACAGGUCUGUGAGAGCCAGAAAUCUUGCUUGUUUGUAGGUGACCAAAUACUUAUUUUCCACCAUAAUUUGCAAAUAAAUUCAUUACAAAUCCUACAAUGUGAUUUUCUGGAAUUUUUUUCUCUCAAUUUAUCUGUCAUAGUUGACGUGUACCAAUGAUGAAAAUUACAGGCCUCACUCAUCUUUUUAAGUGGGAGAACUUGCACAAUUGGUGGCUGACUAAAUACUUUUUCCCCCCACUGUAAUUACUUAUUUACAUGACCAGAUUUCCCACCAAAAUGAAAAGCUCAGUAUCGUUGCUAGCAAGCAAAUUAAAAUGAUCUACUAACUCUUUGCUUCCUUUCCUCUUCUUUUUCAACCAUUUUUGGGCACACUUACAUCCUUUCACUGUAUCACUUGCUAACCGUCCACCCCAUUGCUCCACAACAAUGAAACAAACUGGUUCAGUUGUCCAUGUUUGUCCCCGUUCAGUUUCAUGCCACUCCAUGCCUGCCACUGCCACCAACUCUCACAAAUCACCACACCGCUCUGGACCACCUGACCACCACUGGGUGCAGUCAGGCCUCCAGGCAGACUACCGGUCUGGACCACCUGACCACCACUGGGUGCAGUCAGGCCUCCAGGCAGACUACCGGUCUGGACCACCUGACCACCACUGGGUGCAGUCAGGCCUCCAGGCAGACUACCGGUCUGGACCACCUGAUCACCACCGGGCACAGUCACUCUUCCAGGCAAAUCUCCGGGCAGACUACAGGUCUAUCAUCCGGGCAAACUACCAGGUAGCCGCCUCCCUCAGUCCCAGCCAUACGCUCUUAGAAAAAGAGGAGAACCCUAUUCGGAGAACCCUAUUUGGUUCCAGGUAGAACCCUUUUUGGUUCCAGGCAGAACCCUUUUGGGUUCCAUGUAAAACCCUCUGAACAUGGAACUGAAAAGGGUUCUUCAAAUAGUUAUCCUAUGGGGACAGCUGAAGAACCUUUUAGGUUCUAGAAUAACCUUUUUUUCUAAGAGUGUACCGGCAACAGACCCAUCAUCGUGGCACAGGUAAUAUUACAUCACAGGUUAUAUAACAUCACAGGUAAUACCUUCUGGAAAUGUAAUUGUAAACAUAGAGAUAGAUAGUUGAACCUCUAUGAUUGCUAAAUGCUUGGGUCGACUGGGUUGGUGGGAUGGUGGUGUUGGUUUGUCUCCACGUAAUGUACGAACUUGUGGGAAAUGAUUUCCUUGGAGGAAGACAAUAAACUCUAUAUUCUAUUCUAUCCAUUCAUCAUGUAUACUGGAUUAUUGGACGAUAUUCACUGUCAUACUCUACCAGAGAGUCACAAUUUUCUAUGCAUUUUCUAAGAUACAACAUUUAUUAGUUAUAAGCCUAAAUCACUUUGAUGUCUUUCUGCAGUCCCAAAAAGACUGCAGUAAAAUGAUCUUGUAACAUGGCUGUUGAUUUAUUAUUAAGUUAAAAGCAGCACAGCAGAAGGAGAGUGAGAGGACGGUCAGACAGCAGCCUUACAUAACCAAUGCUCCCGUGAAAGUGUUACCCACAAACCCACAGAGCAGAGAUGCAGUGCCCUCUCCAGAACGGUAUGUGACUGUCCGUCUGCUACUAUGUCUGGAUGUUGUGUCACACAAACUACUUAUCAUGUACCUAAUUUAUUUCAUACAGUGAGAGCUCUCUUGAGAAUUGUUGUGCAUAAUUUAACCAACCACACGUCUUUUGUAGAAUACUUGUAACCUGUCCAGUAAAUUGAUGUUGUUUGCUUAUUUAUCUCAACAAAAGUAUUCUCCUCUUCUUUUUUUCAGUAAACCUGUGAUCAGACACAAACCUGUGAUCAGACACAAACCUGUGAUCAGACAGCCUCCAUCAAAGCAGGUUGGGCUGGAACUGGACCCUGUUCCGGAGGAGGAUGGUCCUCCAGUCUCCAACCAAACCCUCUCCCCUGGAAACUCACGGCCCAGCCAGACCAUCUCUCCUUGGGCUCCAGUCCCCAAUCACACCCUCUCCCCUGGAAACUCACGGCCCAGCCAGACCAUCUCUCCUCGGGCUCCAGUCCCCAAUCACACCCUCUCCCCCGGGAACUCACGACCUAUCAGGAUCUCAGCAGCAGCAUGGGACCAGGUCCAACCAUUCCUAGGCUUACCUGAGGACGAUACAGGUGAGAGUCAGCAUCUAAAAGUGCAAGGUACUGCACCAUCAACUACUAUUUAUUUCUGGAAUUCCCUAGAUACAUUUCAGAUAUUAUAAUGUACAGUGUAGGGUGGGGGUCAAUUCCAUUUUAGUUCAGUCAAUGCAGGAAGUCCAGUUCUACUCAUUAAAAAACAAUCAGGAAAUGUGGUUCAAUGUGCAUUUGGACUCUUAUGAGUGACUCUUAUGACAUGCCCACCUACUCAGCCCCCCUUCCCGGAGCCCCCUCCUGCCCCAGGUCCUCUGCUGGCACCAUGGAUCCAGAGGAGGCCUCACGUCUCCUGGCCGAGAAGAGAAGAGAGGCCCAUCUGAAGAGAGAGAGAGAGGAGGAGGAAUGCCUGCGCAGGGAGGAGGUAGAGAGGUACGGACGGAGGAGCACCUUACAUCUUCCCAUCUCUCUUCUACUGACCCAACAUUCAUCUUCCCAGUAGAAAAAUAAAACCUGUUGAGUAAUCUUUUUGCUUAAAAGUCAAAAAUGUGGUUGUGAUUUAUUUAUUUUUUAUACGACGGACCUGCCAAGGUAGUAAUAAUAAUAAAUAAUAUGCCAUUUAGCAGACGCUUUUAUCCAAAGCGACUUACAGUCAUGCGUGCAUACAUUUUUUGUGUAUGUGUGGUCCCUGGGAUCGAACCCACUACCUUGGCGUUACAAGCGCCGUGCUCUACCAGCUGAGCUACAGAGGACCACCAGUAGUCUAAAGCAGGGUUUCCCAAACUCGGUCCUGGGGGCCCCCUUGGGUGCACGAUUCAUUUUUGCGCUAGCACUAUACAGCUGUUUCAAUUAACCAACUCAUCAGCAAAAUCUGAAUCAGCUGUGUAGUGCUAGGGCAAAAACCAAAACGUGCACCUGGGGGGGUGCACGAGUUUGGAAAACCCUGGUCUAAGGGAGCAUUUCACAUGUUCAGAGGAUAGAUUAAUUUGUAUGGUGAUGUGCUGUGGUGUUAUGCACGUGUUAUGUUAUGGCAUGUUAUGUGGCAUCACAGGCGAGGCAGAGAGGAGCUGGAGUGCAGGAGGGCAGAGGAACGAGCACGGCUCGAGGCUGAGGCCCAGUGGCUGGCAGAGGAGAGGAAGAGGAGGGAGGAAGAGGAGCAGAGACAUGCAGAGGAAGAGAAAGCCAUCAGAGCCACGCAGGAAGCUGCUCUCCUCCAGAAACAGGUGAGGGAUGUAGUCUAUAAAUACAAUUUUAGUAGAAGCCCAACUUCGUCCACUUAUGUACAGUAUAUAAAGUUUGUAUCAGUGUUAAUAAUGCAGCAUCUUGUUCCGUAAUGGCUCUGGUUCUCUGUGUCCUUUCCCAGAGAGAGGAGGAGGAGGCCCAGGCCAGGGACAAGGCAGAGCAGCAGAGGCUGCAGAGAGAGAAGCACUUCCAGAAGGAGGAGGAACAACGACAGGAGAGGAAAAAGGUGAUAAUGGAGGGAAGACGUGAACUCUGAACUCUAGGCAGUUACAAGAAACAUGAGGGUCGUUAUGUGUCAUAUUCUUAUCAUACUGAAAUGCUUUUUAGGAUAAUCUUGGGGAUCCAGAUAGUGUCGAAUUGACAACAAGGAGCACCCAGGAUCUUUAUACAGUGGAGCUUAACUUCAAUACAUGGGGUAGAGGGAUGUUAGGGGUAAUUGUUGUUGUGUUUCACAAAAAAAACAUUAUUUUUAUAAGGGUGAAAUGUUAUGUUAUGAAACAUUUGUUUUCAUAAGGGUGUUAUGAUAGUUUAAAUGAAAGCUUUCAAGACUUUUCACAGACCUCUUUUUGUUUUCAGCGACUGGAGUUGAUCAUGAGGAGGACUAGGAAGACCACAACUGAAGAUAAAAAAGUCAGUACAACAGCCUAGUUCAGAGGAACAGUACACUGCCCUGAAGCACUCAGGUUUUCUGCCACAAGUACCAGAGUUAACCUCUUAAGCAAAAAAAUAGUUAAUUACCACCGUUGUUAAGCAUAUUUUGUUUUUUUAAAACAAAACAAACUUGUCCUUCACCAAAUUGCUGUGAUUGCUUUCAUGAUGUGAUUGAUUUCAUGCAGAAAUCCAUCUCAAAGGUACAGUGGCUUUAGUUUAAAACUAAACAAAAAGCCCUUGCACUUUCCUGCCCCAAAUACCAUCCUUCGGAACCAUAUUUUACUUUUUUCAAAACAAACAGAACUUUCCCUUGCCUUAAACAAAUUGACAUGAUUGUUUUCAUGCAGAAGCCGGUCCUGAAUGGGAAGUCAAACAGGAACUCCUCCUCUCCAGAGGAAGCCCAACCAAAAAAGAACACUGAGCCUGUGAAGAACGGCAACGGCACUUUAGAAGAGGUCAUCAACCUAGGGGUCGGGACGGGGACCAAGCUGUCCAAUCUAGGUCUGAGUGGCGUGGAAGACAACAUAGUUCCUGUCGUGGCCUUCAAAGAACGGAGGUACUGUAUAUCUACAGUAUAUUUAUGUCUGUUUGAUGUAUGUUCUGUGAUAUAAUAUAUAAUGUUAUCUGAAGUGAUGUCUUGUAUGUCGUCAAGCUAUUCUUUCUAUGGGACAUUAAUGUAUUAAUUUGUUUGUUUGUUCGUUCAUUCGUUCAUUCAGGUCCCUGAUAACUCUGACAGGCAUGGAGGAGAUCCAGUCCCUUCAGAGUACAGGUGAGAACUCAUCACCACAUCCUCCAUCAGCUCAUCUAUACUCUCUAUGCUAUGUAGAUAUUACACUAGAGUCCUGA